GCGGUGGCGCCGGGUAUGAACGGCUUCGCCCCCGAGGAGGUGACCCAGCGCGGGGCAGACCCCGCCGCCGCGCCGGUGGUGGGCAAUGCGGGCUCCGCCGUGGAGGUGCCGCCGCCGCCAGCGCCGCCGGGGCUGGGUCCGGCCGCCGUCGCCGCCGCGGGCUCGGCGGGCGGCGGGUGCGCGGGCGGCCCCGGGGCCGGGCAGCUGUGCUGCCUGCGGGAGGAGGGGGAGCGAUGCGGCCGCACCGCCGGCAACGCCAGCUUCAGCAAGCGCAUCCAGAAGAGCAUUUCGCAGAAGAAGGUGAAGAUCGAGCUGGACAAGAGCGCAAGACAUCUGUACAUUUGUGACUUCCACAAAAAUUUAAUUCAGAGUGUGAGAAAUAGAAGAAAGAGGAAAGGCAGCGAUGAUGAUGGUGAUUCACCAGUGCAAGACAUCGACACUCCAGAGGUUGAUUUAUAUCAGUUACAAGUAAACACACUUCGAAGGUACAAAAGACACUUCAAGCUACAGACCAGACCGGGACUUAACAAAGCACAGCUUGUUGAAAUAAUUGGCUGCCACUUUAGGACAAUUCCAGUGAAUGAAAAGGACACCUUAACAUACUUCAUCUACUCAGUGAAGAAUGACAAGAACAAACCAGAUCUAAAGAUGGAUAGUGGGAUUCAUUAGGCAGAAAAGGUUGGGACUGAGACUCAGGCUGCAAAUGAAAAGACUGAGGUUUUGUUGAUAUGCAAAAGCUUUCUUUGUAACUUUUUCUCCUGAGAGAGUUUGUCUGUUUUUUUUUUUUCAUAACCUUGCUGAUUUGUUUGAAAACCAUCCCUUAUGAAACAAAUUUCCUCAGCAAAAGUAUUUUAAAUAAAUAUCACUGAUAUUGUUGCUCA